GGCAGAUGGAGAGUUGCGCGGCCGGAGAGAUGAGCCUGAAGGCGGUGCUGGAGGAGCGCUACUCGGCCUCGGCGCUGCGUGUCCUGCGGGCGGAGGCGGAGGGGCUGCGGGAGAGGCUGGUCUCGUCGGCGGUGCGGGGCAGGAAGAGGCUCCGGAGGAGGGUGACGGUGGGGCGGAUCCCGCUGGGAGAGUGCCUGAGGCAGCUGGAGCAGACCCGGCGCCAGUGGGAGGCCAAGGCCCGGGGAGAGCCAGAGGGCACUCCGCUGAGUGAGGAGGCCCAGGUGACGCUCCUGAACCUCCUGGAGAAGGGCCUGGCCCUGAUGGAGAGGGUGGAGGCCCUGCAGGAGAGGAAGAGCAGGAGGAGCCCGAGGAGGAGGAGGAGGAGGAAGGAGAAGGGCGGGGAAGGGCAGGAGCAGGACCCUGGAGGAGGGGAGCGCUCUGGAGACAGCGCAGCCAGGGAUGGAGCUGGGACCAGGCACAGCCAAGGAGAAGAAGGGGAGGAAGACCCCGGAGAGGAGGAAGGGCACCAUGGGAGCCACACUCAUGAAGGGGAUGGAGACAGUGCGGGUGAGCCUCAGGAUGGAGACAGCGAUGGAGAGGAAGACAAGGGUGCAGCCAGGGAUGGACCUGGGACCAAAUACAGGAAGGAAAAGGAAGCAGAGGAAGACCCCGGAGAGGAGGAAGGGCACCAUGGGAGCCACACCCAUGAAGGGGAUGGAGACAGUGCGGGUGAGCCUCAGGAUGGAGACGGUGAUGGAGAGGAAGACAAGGGUGCAGCCAGGGAUGGACCUGGGACCAAAUACAGGAAGGAAAAGGAAGUAGAGGAGGAAGGGCACCAUGAGAGAGACAGUGAGGGAGGUGACACUCAUGAAGGGGAGGAAGACAGCGGUGGGAACAAUGAGGGUGAGCAUCAUGAUGGAGACGGUGAUGGAGAGGAAGACAAGGGUGCAUCCAGUGAUGGACCUGGGACCAAACACAGCAAGGGAAAGGAAGCAGAGGAAGACCCUGGAGAAGAGGAAGGGGACCAUGGGAGCAUCAGUGAGGGAGGUGACACUCAUGAAGGGUAUGGAGACAGCAGUGGGAGCAGUGGAGGUGAGGAUCCUGAUGGAGAUGAGGAUCAGGAGGACACUGAGGUCUCCUUCAGUGAUAUAGAGGAAGACAAAAGCGCCAUGUGUGGUUAUCUAUUGAAAAAGUUGGAUAUAGUGGAACAAGAGGUGGACACACUGAAGGACCCCUCGCAGAAGAAGGCGGACACCUUGAGGAAAGAGGCAGAAUUUUUGAGGGAGUGGUACAGGGAUAUCAGUCGAGACAUGAAAAGGGAACUCAAGGACAAGGUGAUGCACUUGUGGAUGGCACUAUGGCUUAACUCAGUGCAGGGCAUGGAUGCCCUUCAGGAAGUCUUGAACCAAUUCUCAGCAGCGGAGGCGGCUGCAUUGAAAGCAGAGUCUGACUCCUUGAAGGGUUUCCUGCAGGCUGCCCAGAAGGAAGAAACAUUGGCAGAGCUGUCCAACUUCUAUUGCUCACUGGAUGUUCUGCAGGAGUCCCCUCUGCUGAAGAUGGACCCUACAUAUGGUGACCUCCUGAAGGAGGGGGAUGCUAUGAAGGACACCUGGUGCUCUGCGCUGCUGCGUGUCCUGCUGAAGGAGGGUCAGGAGAAGACAACUGCCCUGCAUGAGAAGGUGGACACUGUGCAGGGUAUCUCUCUGGAGCAGAAAGGUGAACUGAGGGCAAAGAUGGACGCUCUCCAGAAACAGAUGGGUCUCCUCUGGGAAGUCCCCCUGAAGGAGAUAACGGCCAUGUUGGCAAUGGCAUAUAAGCUGUCCUGUAAACUGAGCUCAGGUCUCACAAAAGAAGAGGACACCAUCUGGAAGAAAGCAUGUGGUCUCGCAGUUACCCCAAUGGUUAACCUGAAGGACGUCUUUCUGUGGAAGAAAGUGUCUGACUUGCAGGCCACCCUUCAUGAUAUCCCUGUGGAGAAACUGAUGAUGCUGGAAAAGAAAGUGAAGUUGUGUAUAAGGAAGGUAAAUGUGUUGCAGGAGAAAAUAUGGGAGCCCUUGAAGGAAGAGCUGGAAAUCCUGAAGGAGAAAUUCGAUUCCCUGAAGGAUUCCUCACAGAAGGAGCCUGGCGAGCUCCAAGAAGAGCUGUAUGAAUUACAAAACAACCUGGUUGAACUGAUGGCAUUUGAAACUUAUCCACUAAAGGAAGCAGUGAAAGCCCUGAAAAAGAGGGUGAAUGCCCUGCAGAAGAAGAUGAACGUCCCCCAGAAGGCAGGUGCCCCCCUUGAAGAAGGUGAUGAAGCCAUGCAAGGGGACAAAACAGGAUUCUCGGAGAUGUUGAAUGCUCAAGAUGCAGGCUGUGCUCCCCAUUCUGCAGCUCAGAAGAGACCUCCUUGUGAACUUCAGGUGACAGAUGAUUCAAGCAAAGCUCUUCAAGAGACAACGUGUGUGGAGGGUUCUGGGGAGAGUCUCGCUGGCUGUGAACCGGCUCUGACGGAAGGAGAGGGUUCAGAACCUCCCCGUAAAAAACAGAGGAUGAAUCCCACCGGUGGGACCCAAGAGCCUUCUUUGACCCAGGAACUGUUUGCUGUUCUCCAAAAGCACAUUUCCCUUACUAUAAACCAAAGUAUGGAGAAACUGAGCAACAUGGUGAGCAAAUUGCAUGGCACUGCCUUAAAGGAUACAGAAGAAGCAAAAGCCCUGAUGGCUGCUUUGGAAAAAGCUCUGGCACUUUUGAGGUUACUCCUUGAGAAUGCCUGAUAUGAAUCUGGGGUGAAUAAUAAUAAUAAUAAUAAUAAUAAUAAUAAUAAUAAUGUAGAGUCUCGCUUAUCCAACCUUCACUUAUCCAACAUUUUGUAUUAUCCCACACAGUCUGCCUUUUAGUAGUCAAUGUUUUUGCAGUCAAUGUUUUCAAUACAUUGCAAUGUUUUGGUGCUAAUUUCAUUAAUACAGUAAUUACUACAUAACGUUACCAAAUAUUGAACUGCUUUUUCUGUCCAUUUGUUGUAAAACAUGAUAUUUUGGUGCUUAAUUUGUAAAAACAUAAUGUAAUUUGACCUUUAAUAGGCUUGUCCUUAAUCCCUCCUUAUUAUCUGUUCUGCCACCCCGUUUAUGUUGGAUAAGCGAGACUCUACAAUAUUAAUAAUAAUAAUAAUAAUAAUAAUAAUAAUAAUAAUAAUAAAAAAGAAGAAGAAGAAGAAGAAGAAGAACAUGCCCUGGCAGAAUAUGUAAAGCAAAGUGAAGAACCUGCUUUGAUUGAAGUCAAAAAUCAGAAACUCCUCAAAGCACAGCAGACAAAAAAUCAGUACAAGAAAACCGCACUACAAACUAGAGCUGACAGCUGGCACAACAAAACAUUGCAUGGAAAGUUCCUUGACAAAAUUGAAGGAAAAGCUGAUAAGGAGAAGACCUGGCUCUGGCUCACGAAUGGGACCCUGAAGAAGGAGACAGAAGGCCUGAUCCUUGCAGCCCAGGAGCAAGACAUCAGGACAAAGGCAAUUAAGGCCAAGAUUGAAAAAUCAGCUGAUGACCCAAAAUGCAGACUGUGCAAGGAAAUCGACAAAACCAUUGAUCAUAUCCUCAGCUGCUGUAAGAAAACGGCACAGACAGUCUACAAACAGAGGCACAACUAUGUGGCCCAAAUGAUUCAUUGGAACUUAUGCCUCAAGUACCACCUCCCAGCAGCAAAGAACUGGCGGGAUCACAAACCUGCAAAAGUAUUGGAAAAUGAGCACGCAAAGAUACUGUGGGACUUCCGAAUCCAGACUGACAAAGUUCUGGAACACAACACACCAGACAUCACAGUUGUGGAAACGAAAAAGG